GCCGCUUCAGCGCUGUGAUUCAACUGGAGAAAGGAUAAAGUGUCCAAACGCAGAGAAAAACUCCUGCUGAAGCGACUGAUCUCCACACUGUUAUAAAGAUGACGUUUAUUAAAGAGGAGAGUGAAGAUGUGAAGAUUGAAGAAACAUUCACAGUCAAACAGGAAGAUCCACAGGAACAAACAGACCUGAUGGUGCUGAAAGAAGAGACCCAUCAAUGGAAUAAAAGGGAAGAGCAACACCAAGAAAUAACAGCUGAUGAAAAACCCACACUGACGGAAAAGACUUCAUGCAGCAGUCAGAAAUCCAAAUCUGAGUGUAAUUUCAGAAGUAAACAGUGUAGAAAGAGUUUCAUUCAAAAGCUUAACCUUGGUGAUCACAUGAGAGUUCACAUUAGGGAGAAACCUUACACUUGUGAACAGUGUGGAAGGAGCUUUGGUCAAAAAAAAAGCUUAAAAACCCACAUGAGAAUUCACACUGGAGAGAGGCCGUUCACAUGCCAACAGUGUGAACAAACCUUCUAUCAUGCAGGAAACUUUGCAGUGCACAUGAGAAUUCACACUGGAGAGAGGCCCUACACGUGCCAACAGUGUGGAAAGAGUUUUAAGCAAAGUGGCAACCUUAAAGGCCACAUGAGAAUUCACAGUGGAGGAAAAAAAAUUACUUGCACACAGUGUGGGAAAAGUUUGGCUCGGAAACAAGAGCUUGAGAUCCACAUGAGGAUUCACACUGGAGAGAAACCUUACAUAUGCUCAGAGUGUGGUAAAAGUUUUACAUGUAAAAGCUCACUCAAUAACCACAUAAAAACUCACACCGGAGAGAAGCUGUUUGCAUGUGCUCAGUGUGGAAAGAGCUUCACAACCAAAGCUAGCCUCAAGAACCACACAAAUGGUCACACUGGAACCAUAGUGUUCACAUGUGAUCAGUGUGGAAAGAGUCUCACACGCAAAGACGCUAUUAAGCAACACAUGAAAACUCACUCAAGAGAGGAUGGUUUUAGAUGCAAUGAAUGUGGAAAGGGCUUUAAAUAUAAAAGAAGCCUCAACACUCACAUGAAGCUUCACAAUGGAGAGCAGAGUCCUGAAAAUUGAGCCCUUGUCCAGCGGAGCUUAGGGCUCUCUCCCGGGACAGCAUGCCAAACAAGUGUGAACUCUUGAAUACAUGUCAAGUUAUUGGAAAUGAAACCCUUUGAACACCUGAAGAUUUAAACUCAAUAACUGAAGAGGGGUGAAGAUUUUUUUUUUGUAGUGUAGAUCAUGGGUCACCAGGUUGUUAGAGUUCCAACUUUAUAAUGAACCGAGAACCAUAUUUUUGCACAUUGCACACUUCCAUCAAAUGGUCGGCACUGAAAAGAAAAUUAGAAAGAUUAGGGAGGAGAAACUGUCCUACACCCUUAGAUUGUGUUUUUGAUCAUUCACAUUGUUUAAAUGUCACUCGUGUGAACAAACACAGAUUUGCCUCCAGUUUUGGGCUUUUGUCUGCAGUUUCACAAAACUUGUUGGCGAAUGAAAGUCCAGGUAAACUCUUGCGGUGUGAACUCGCCAUAAGUCAAUGACAGUGAGCCACUGAUGCAGACUCCCUAAAGCCCUGUUCAGACUACACAAUGCCAUUUGCCAGCUACCACCGAUCAGAUUUGUGUCAGAUUAUGAGAUUUUGACUUGAUUUAAUCUUGAUUGUGUUGAGUGUUGAAAUCUUGAGUGUUGUGGGUACAAAUGAAAACUUUGGUUUCAAAACACUACACUUUUAUUUUGAUUGACUGAUUUGAGAAAAGAAACAAGUUUUCUUCAUGAAGACAAUUAAACUUUCUGUAGACAACAAGAUACGUUUGUGUGAAAUCUCCCACAUUACCACAAAUAAAUCUGUGUAUGGGAAA